CUUUUAGUCAUGUAUUGCCAUUUCCAGGAGACGUGCAAUGCAACGCGUCCCCGUUGACUGACUUAGCCCUUAUCGAAAAAUCAACCCUCUUCUCUCUAUUAAACACUAAGUUGUGUUCCUCUCAAGUAACAAUCUCAUUUUAAGAUAGAAAUCAGAAAGCACACACAAAACAAACAAAAAAGAACGAUGGGAAAGCCAACAGUACAAAACAAUAACUUUAUAAACCACUUCAGCCACCCACAUCCCCUUCAGUUAAUCCCGGCGACAUCAUCACCACCGUGCUGCGCUUGUAAACUUGCCGGAGGAAACGGCCGGGUUUACUCAUGUAGGCCAUGCAACUUCUCUCUCCAUGAGUCAUGCAGCAAGAUGAAGCAGGUAAUCACACAUCCCUCUCACCCUUCUCAUAGGCUCACCCUUCUGGUGGCUCCAGUCUAUGAUGGUGGAUACUUCAACUGUGAUGGUUGUGGCGUAAAUGGAACUGGUUUUAGCUACCAAUGCUCUCUUUGCGACUUUGACAUCCACGCGCUAUGCGCUUACAAGCCGCUCUCGAUCAUCCACAAGUCUCAUCCUCAACAUAGCCUUAAACUCGCGUUUCAUUCUCCCUACGGAGCCAAUAAGGGAUUCUCCUGCGACGUAUGCCUUAAGAUUGGGACGAACCAAUGGCUCUAUCGAUGCAUCCCUUGCGAGUUCGAUGCUCAUGUCGGUUGCAUCAAUGCUCAUCAUCCACACCUCCUUCAACAUAGUAGUAGUCCUCAUGCCGGUCACCCUCAUCAUCAAAACUCCCAUCCUGUACCCAAUCAAGGCAAUUAUAGGCCCGGACAAGGGAACAUGAAUAGGCCUAUGAAUAAUCCUACCAGACCUAAUAGGCCUGUUGGAAAUCCCAAUAGGCCUAUAGGUCAAAACGCUGGUGUCUACGGACCAAGGAGGAGACAGAACAACAACUUGGGUUGUAACGGUCCGAUUGGGACUAUUACACCGAGUGAAGUUAUUGGUCAAGUAGCAAGACAGAGCUUUGACCAAGGGUCAAUGGAAGGUAGUGUCUACGAUGGUGGUAGUGCAGUGAACGAAGAGUUUGAUGGUGAAGUCGAUGUUGAGAUUGAUUAUGAAGCUAAUGGGUAUGAAGGUACUGAAGAUGGAGAGGCUAAUGACGAGGAACAAGACUUUGACGGUAACGGCCUUGAAAUUGUGGCUUAUGGUGAUGCCAAUGACAAUGACGUUGCCUAUAGCGAGAGUGAAUUUGGUGGUAGCAGUGAUGCUCGUAGCCAGUCUAAUGAUUUGUCUGAUCAGGUUGAUCUUUAUCCAGUGUCAGUUCGUACGAACCCAGGGCCGGGUGGUGGUAGGAAGCAAAACUCAAGUCCUAAUAGUCCCGCCCCUCGGUCGAACAAUAUGGGCCGUAAUGGGCGUGGUGGUAGGAUUCAAGGGUCCAAGAAUCCAAUCGAAAAUCCUAGAGGACCACCUCAAAAUAGAAGGUUGCAGAAUAUACGCAAUAAUGCAACAAGAGGCGGGGGACCUGUUGGGUUUAAUAGGCCUCGUGAUCUAGCUGCAUUCAAUGGACCUCAAGGAUUUAAUGGGCCUAAUGGAGGACCCGCCAAUGUAAUUGACAAUGGUGGCAAUAACGAUAGCUACAAUGAAGUCGACGGAAAUGAGGUGUAUGCUGGUGAAUAUGGUGAUACUUACGGUGACGAAGGUGACUAUGACUUCGAAGCUGGGGGUGACUUUGAAGCUGGAGGUGACUUCGAAGCUGGAGAUGACUUCGGUGACGAUGGAUAUGAUGAAACUUAUGGUGAAAACGAUUUUGAUUGCUACACGGAUAUCACCGGAGGAAGUGAGUCUAUGUAUAAUGAGGAUGAGUCGUACGAGACUAUGGAUGAUUCACAAUAUGGUGGUUUAAAUGACGUGCCCAAUAACCAGUUUUCUUCAAUGGUUGAACCGGUUGGUAGACCGGGAAUGAAUAACCAGAACCAAUAUGGUCAGGCCGAUAGGGGGAGGAGAAUGGGCAGGAAUGGGCGUGGUGGUACUCAGCCAAGAACUGUGGGUAGACCAGUCCAAACUAGGCCGAAUGGAGGACGAUUUAGGGGAAACGGACAACCUAAUAGGCAGAACAGAGGACCCAACCGACCUAAUGGCCCUAACGUAAACCCAAUGAUGAAUCUAGUGGUGCAGAGUUUGUGUCAAGACUUGGCAAUGAACAUGCUCAACGGCGAUGGUGGUGACGUUAACAGUGGAGCAGGUGACAGUGGUUUAUCAUCCAUCAUGGGAGGCUUCCUUGGUGGUGAAUCAGAAUUUUGAUUCUCAAGGAGAUGGAGAAUGUUAUUGGACUUGAAAAAUCAGAAUUUUAGUUUUUCUUUAAAUAUUAUACAAAUUUUUAUUGUAUUUUUGUGUGUGUUUUUCUUCAUCUUUUUAUAUUCCUCUACGUGUUUUAAAGCUGUUAUAUCCUUUUCUUGUAUUCUGAAAUGUAAUGUUUUAUUAUCAAUAAAAGAAUGGUUGUGAGUCUU